UUUCCGCGCCUCUCCUCAGCGCCGACGCAGGAGUCGCAGCCGCUCGCGUUCCGGCCGCCUCGUUUUUCGUCCCGAUGGCCGAUCAGCAGCAAUUCAGUGCCCAGCCGGCGGCCGCCGCCGAUAAUGGGGUGCUGGACGGCGCCGAGGAGGAUCCUGCCGCCGCUUUCCUGGCGCAGCAGGAGAACGAGAUCGCGGGCAUCGAGAACGACGAGGGCUACAGCAUACUGGAGAGCGGCGAGGUGCCGGCCGUGCUGCAGGCUCCGGAGGGCCUCUACUUCGGUGCUGCUGAUGAAAUGUUUAAUGGAGAUUUCUAUCAGGAGAGUGAUGGUCUAACAGACUCCUGUGCUGCCAUAUCCCAAGUAGAUCAACAGCAGUCAGAACCGGAGAGUAUCCGUAAGUGGAGAGAGGAGCAAAAGGAGCGCCUGGAGCAACUUGAUGCGAACUCACGAAAGCAGGAGGCAGAAUGGAAAGCGAAAGCAAUAAAGGAGUUGGAAGAGUGGUAUGCUAGGCAAGAUGAAAAGCUCCAGAAAACAAAAGCCAGCAACAGGGUGGCAGAUGAAGCUUUCUACAAACAACCCUUCGCUGACCUGAUUGGUUAUGUCACAAACAUAAAUCAUCCUUGCUACAGCCUAGAACAGGCAGCUGAAGAAGCCUUUGUGAAUGAUGCAGAAGAUGUUUUUCCGGGCACUGAGUGGGAACGUGUGGCUCAGCUCUGUGACUUUAAUCCCAAAUCUAGUAAGCAGGCAAAAGAUGUGUCCCGCAUGCGUUCAGUUCUCAUCUCACUCAAGCAGGCUCCACUGGUUCGCUGAAGGAAAGCACAAUGGAAACACUACAAAUGCGGUAUCUUAACCUUACUCGGAGAAGCUGUUUGCAGUAAUUGGAUUAAUUGUUUCAAUGUUUUUUGGACCAAACCUCAUCAUGUAUCUAGAGCUGAUCAUUGUUCUCGCUUGCAUGUUCUUCCUCGUGUUUCCUUUCUGUGUCUGAAAUGAGAGAACCUCCAAAACUGUAGUCUCUGUGCUGUUGUGCACUGAGGUGUCACUUUCCACGUCACUGAUAUUAAAGAUGUUACAAACAACAAAA